GCCACUUCUACUACAUUCCCAUCCCAACUAAUGUUUGGGUCCCGCUCUUUGCGGGAAGAGCCGGCGUUGCUGCGGGGAGUCGGCGGUGCUUCUAGGGAGUCGGCGUUUCUGUUUGGGAGCCCGCAUGUUUGUACACCUCACAACGGGGAGCGUUCCCGUAUUCGUCGCUAUAAUAGCUCGAAAAGUCAAAAAAACGUUUUGCGGUAUAUCUAAGAAGCCGCUCAUGCCCGGGGUCGUAAAAGGCCGUUUCGCGAACAAUGCAAAGCUGCUACGUCCAUCCCGACCGGCCAAAUGCUGUCUGAAAGGGAACGAUCACAUAUUUGUGGUCUUCAAACCGCUGCCUCCAAGGGAUUAACUUAUCGUGGGACACCAAGAAGCUGCUAUUUCUAAGGAGGCUAUCUUGAAAGGCCCACCCCUUACCAACGAAGCAAUGCCGCCUAAAGCUCCCAUCACGCGGGGACGGUUCCAGGUGAUCGAGGGCGAUCAGUCCGACAGCGACAUUGACGUUUCCCCGUGGCCCCCUUCCUCCGCCUCUCUAGCCGCCAGCAGAGCAGCAGCCGCUCCAGCAACAGGUGCAGCAGACGCAGCAGGAGCAGCAGGAGCAGCGAGCACAGUGCCGGUUCGAGGCCUGGCGAAGCAGGGAUCUGGGCCGUUGGAUCGUCGGCGAGUGCUGGACAGUGUCAGCAGCCCUCUCCCUGCUCCUGCUGCUGCUACUCCGGAUGCUGCUCCUUCACUUGCUGCUGCUGCUGCUGCUGCUUCUCCUGCUGCAGCCGCUGCUGCUGAUUCAGUUGCCACUGUGGCUGCACCUGCUGCUGCUUCAGCGAAUGUGUAUGGCACUCCAGCAGCAGCAGCUUCUGCUGUGGCUGUUGCCGCCACCAGCAGCAGUAGCGGCAACAGUACUAGCACUGGAGCAGGUUCAUCUGGUCCCGGGGCGUCUGGUGCAGGUAGCACCCGCGCAGCAGGUGCGUCCAUCCACGAGCCUCGCGCGAGGCAGUUCUUUUCCGGCCCCCUGCCUGCCCUGGACGAAGGGCCGGGGGAGGGGUCAUGGCAGCGGGGGCAACGGGGGGAGAGCAAAGCACAGGGGAGAAGAAGUGCUGAAGGGGGAGGGGAUUCCGCCGGAGGGGACGGACAUGGUGGUGGGGAGGGAGCUGCGAGCCUAGGGGCUGAAGCAGCAGCAGCAGAGAAGGUUGUUCAUGCUGCUGCUGCUGCUGCUGCUGCUGCUGCUGCCGGUGGUGCUGGUGUUGCUGCUUCUGGAGCAGCGUCGAGAGAAUCAGUUCCCCUGGCAGCAAAGGCAUGGUCGUCCGGACCCCUACCAGAGCGAGGGUCAGCUAUGCCCGCUGCAGGCGGGCUUGCUGCUCCUACUUCUGCUGCUGCUGGGCUGUCACGAGGAGUCACAGCAGGAACAGGAGCAGGAGGAGGAACGGAAGGAGCAGAAGCCGCUGGUGUUGUUGCAGGAGGGGGGGAGAGGGAGGGCGGCGUUGUGGGCAGGGAUGGCGGGAAGGGGGGUGGAGUGGGGGCGGAGGGGCAGGCGGGGGUCAAGCUGAAAGCAAAGAGCGGGCCGCUGCUGGGAGAGAAGGCCACGGCAGCAGCAGGCGUGAUUGUAGUGGACCGGUUUCUAGUGAAGGACGAGGGAGAUAGGCAUGCAGGCGCAAAGGCCUUCCGCCCAGGGAAGCUCCCUUCCCGCUUCACGUUUGAGCCUGUGGACGACCCGUCAGACUUUGUAGACCCAUCGUCUCCCCCCGCUGCUCAUCCUAGCCCCGCCGCCCCUUCUGCCGCACCUGCUGCUGCUGCCACCUCAUCCACUGCCUCUCUCCCUGCUGACCCUCCUCCUCCUGCGGUUGCGGCCACCACUGCUGCUGCUUCUGCUGCCUCUGGUGCUGCUGCUGGUGCUGUGCCUUCUGCUACUGCUGCUGGUUUCGGGCCUGCUGCUACGUCUGCUGCUGCGCCUGCUGCGUCGUCCAUUCCCACAGCAGGGACAACUGGUGCAGGCUCAUCUGCUGGCUCUACUCCGAGCAAAGGCGCCUCGUUGAGACCCUGCUCUGGCCCACUGCAGCCUGCCCCAGGUGUACCUUCCCCACAUGAAUCUGCCUCAAUCAGUGCCCUCAUCACUCCUAAAGGCCCAGCUGGUACCACUGGUAGAUUCACCGAAGUGAGGGAGGAGAGAGGGCGGGAGGAGAUGGGGCGGGAGGAGAGGAGGGGUGUGGAGAGACACAGAGAGGAGAGAGUGAGGGAUGGAUCUCGAGAGGAUAGGGAGAGGGAGAAGGGGAGGGAGGAGAGGGAGCGGAGGAGGGAUGAUAGGCCCAAGGCGGAGAGGGGGAGAGAGGAGAAGGGGAAGGAGGAGAGGGUGAGAGAAGAGCGAUCGAGAGAAGAGAGGGUGAAGGCUGAGCGCUCGAAAGAGGCACGGACGAAAGAAGAGAAGUCGAAGGAAAGCGGGCCGUUCUCCCGUGAAAUGGGGAAGCAGAAGGAGGAGAAGAGGAGGGAGGAGAGGAGCAAAGAGGGAGGGUCGAGGGAGCUGAGGGGCAGGGAGGAGAAGGGGAAGGAAGAGAGGGUAGGUGGAGGAGGCGGAGGUGGAGGAGGAGCCGGAGGAGGGGGAGGGGCGGCAGUGGCGGGACGAGGAGGCGUGCAGCAGAAGGGGCGGUUCUCAGUGACCACGGACGAUGAUGAUGCGGAUGAGGAGAGCAUGGUUCCCAUUGUGCUCCGCAGCUCACUCAUGCCUCGCCAGCCAGGGCAGGCAGCUUCGGCAGUGCUGCCGCCCAAUCGCCCACCCACCCCCUCUAAUGUGACAGCCACUGCUGCUGCUGGGUCAUCCCACCUCCCGACCUUCAGAAAGGACUCUCUUGCUCCGGCGAGCGGCCCUCUGUCAGCAGCAGCAGCCCCCUCCCCUCGCAUCUCUUCCACCUCCACCUACUCCUCCGGCUCCCUCCCCUCCCUCCACUCCUCUUCCUCCUCCUCCUCCCUCCCUGUCCCUCCUCUCACUCCCUCAAAAGUGACCCCGAUUGCAUCUGUACCAGCAGCAGCAGGGGCAGCAGGGGUAGCUACAGCAGCGGCUGUAGCAGCAGCAGGGGCGGCUGUAGCAGUGGCAGCAGCAGGUGGACCUGUGGGUGUGCAGGGCAUUCGCCGGCCAUCAUUGCAGAACUCCUCCUCACCCACGUCAGCCGUCUCCACUCCUUCAGCUGCAGCAGGUGGUGCGUCAGGUGCGGGACCAGGUUCCGUGUUGCUGGCUGGUCCGCGUGUGCGGAGACCAUUGAACCCACAACAGCAGCAGCACAUGCAGCUGCUAUUGCAGCAGCAGCAGCAGCUUCGUCGGCGAUCGUCCGCCUCCUCGUCCCGCACCCAGCCACUGAGCCCGUCGGUAGCAUCCCUCAGGCCAAUGAAGAAUGUUCUUCUCUCGUCCGCCUCCUCCUCCGCCCUCUCUCGCGCUCUACUGCCCCCUUCCUCAAUGCCCUCUCUCUCCUUCAUGCUCCAAAGCGUAUCAAACCAGCCGUCCAGCCGAGUGUCCCUCCCAUCAGUGCUCUCCCUGCCCUCCACCGUCCGUGCUGUCCCUGCGCGCUCCGCUGCCUCCUCUGCUGCCGCUGUGUCCGAUGCCCUCAUCACGGUGCCCCACCUGAGAGGGCUGCUCAAACAUGCCUCCGAGCAACAGGAGAUUCUCUUUACGCUCAUUAAGGAGCUUUCGGACGCGCAUCCAGAAAUAAAGAAUCCGGAGCAGUCAGCAGCGCUGCUGGGAGGCAUCAAGGUGGAGCUGCCGUCGGAGAGGGAGCGCGAGCUGAUGCAGCAAAUAGCUGAGAUGCGGUGCAAGGUGGCCACGCUGGUCGACAACAUCAUCACCUAUCGCAACCGCAACGCCCAACUGGAGAAGCAGGUGGCAGCGUUUAAGCAGCGGAAGGAGGAGAGGGAGAGGCAGGGAGUGGUGCUGCGGCGGGGGAGGUGAGCCGAGGGAGGUGAAUCCUGGGAGGUGAAGGGGUGGAGGAGAGAGUGUGGGGCGAUAAAGUAGGGAGGGUCAAGGAGGGUCAGGAUCCAGGAGGGUUCAGGAUUCAGGAGGUUUCAGGAAGGGGCUGCUGACAGGUUGCUGCUGGAAAGGGAAGAAAUUUCUUCGAGAGAGAUUGUUGGGCGACUCUACCAUCAGUUCCUCAGAAAUCAGAGAAUUUAGAAGGGCUUUGGGGACGCAGUGCACUAUCGUGCUCCAAAUUGCCCUGAGCUGAGCUCUCCCCGCGAGGGAAGCUGGGUACUGCUCCUGCUGUUGCUGUUUGUGGUAACUCACAGGUUAUGCUGGUGGUGGCGUUAUCCUAUUUAUUUUGCUUCUUUCCUACUUGAGACUCAAAGCCCGCAGGGAAACCUGUAACACCGGGCGUUAUCCCACCAGACAUUGGAUGGUAAGGGGAGGGGGUGGGGGGGGUGAGGUGAGGGGCAGGUGGCGAGCGGGAGGACUGCCAGAGGGAAUGCAACGAAGAACAGCAGAAGAUGCGCAGCCAUGGUGCUUCCAUGUCGUACAGGCUGGGAAACUCUUACAUUAAACAAGAGCAGUUGCUAACAUACCUAGUCACAGCAAGCAGUGUUUGCCAAUGAACAGGUGAUUAGGAGGAGCUCUUUUGUUACAACACCACAUGCAAACCAAAUCGCAUCAAGCA